AUAAUCAAGUAAAGACAUCCCCCAUAACGUAAUUACGAAUAUAAGUUACGCCUCUGGUAAGCAGUUCAUAUGAACUAGUGAAAAUUUCCUUGAUGAACCAUGCAGAACCACUUGAUAAACCCAAUCCUGAUCGUAUUAGCCGUUCACGCAUCAUAUACGAACGCUCGGCGAAUAUUUCGAUCCUGCAAUGAUGUACCUCCAGUUUCUGGAAUCUACGAUAUACGUCCAAUCAACGCAACGCAAUCGUUCGAAGUGUAUUGCGAGCAGAGCUACGGAGGUCGGUGGUUGGUGGUGCAAAAUCGUUCCAACGGGCAGGAAAACUUCAAUCGCAGCUGGGUGGAUUACAAGGGUGGAUUUGGCGUGAUUGGAAACGAAUUCUGGCUCGGACUGGAUAAAUUGCAUCAGAUUACGACCGUGGAUGAGUACGAACUGCUGGUGUGGAUGGGAGACUUCAAAGACUUCGCAGCAUAUCAAAAGUACAAACUGUUUGCGGUGGCCGAUGAAGCGGAUAAUUAUCGACUCACGUUGGACGGUUGGCGGGACGGGACGGCAGGGGAGUCACAUUACGUGUAUCGCGAUCAGCAAUUUACUACCUUCGACAGGGAUAACGAUAAGUCGAUGAUGAAUUGCGCGGUGGAAAUGGGAAGUGGAUACUGGCACUUCGACUGUGGAACUGGAAUUAAUAGACACAACUUGAAUGGCAUAUACAGCGAUGAAGUUUUGCGCUGUGGCAGUGGCUUCUGGUGGGGUGGAUUCGGAGCAGAAUCGAAUCCUCUCAAAUGGAGCCAAAUGAUGAUCCGGACACGUGUGGAGUAUUGAAGUGAAAAAAUAUUAAUUUUGGGUUUGAAUAUACGGAUUGAAUACUUAUGAGAAA